AUGUUCUUUGCAGGGGCUUCUGCUGGAAAGAAGCCGUCCACCUGUGAAGAAAGCGGGAAAGCAUACAAGUGCACGUGCGGUGCCGACGACACCAACACAGGCGCCUUGGCCAUAACUCUCUCUAAAACAAGAAACGAGUUGCAAAUGCUAUGCAGAAAAAACCUGCAGGGUGCUCCAGCUAGUCUGUCCCAGUCUAAGGUGCGCUCAACUGACCCAGCCAAGCUGACCAGCUGCUUGAAAACGAGUGACUCCGAAAGCGUCAACUUCACUACUCUUCUGUACGGGAAUCCACAAAACGUCAAAUGGGCUCCAGCAGAAGCGAGCGACGAAGAGGUUCUCAAGACUCUGAAUGUCCCAGAAGCAAAUCUUCCGUUCGUGGACCAAAAUUUCGUGAUCAACGAACACGACUGGGCAGACAGUCACAUGCGCCUACGGUCAAGUCAGCAACCACCACAUCAACAGAUCACAAUAACGCCCUCACACAACGCCUUCACGCUCACCUGUGGCGACCAAGGAGAAGUCCUUCCCACGCUGCACACGCAGACCUACUGCAUCAUCGGCGAAAAAACAGACGCAGAAGCGAAGUGCUCGGGCAGCUACGCUGAUGUCCUGCCCGGCUACGAAGAGACGUGGUGGAAGGCUGGAAACAGCAAGAACUCGUUUACACUAACAAUUCCAACCGACAAGUUUCCGAAGGAGAGUGCGACGAUCAUGGUGGGCUGCGGGAAGGCCACGACAUCGACAGCAGAGCGCAUUGAGCCUGAGUCUGCGCUGAGUCCCAGUGUUUGCAGCGUUGACGUGACCAUUGAGGGCACCGGAUCAUCGAUUCUAUCGUCGGCGCUGCCGAGAAAUCUUACUACAGUGCUGUCAGCAGUCGGAGCAAGCGGGUUAACUGCCUUGUUGGUUCGCGCUAUUUGA